AUGGCCGACGCAAAGAGCACCUCGCCUGCCCCCAGGGAGAAGUUGGAAGCCCAGGUCAAGAGCGCCGACAUGACCGACGACAUGCAGCAGGAGUCAAUUGAAGUCGCCCAGGAGGCCAUGGCUAAGUUCAGCAUCGAGAAGGAUAUUGCCCAGCAUAUCAAGCGGACCUUUGAUGAACGUAAGGGUCCUACAUGGCACUGCAUUGUCGGUCGCAACUUUGGCAGCUUUGUAACCCAUGAAACUAAGCACUUCAUCUACUUCUAUCUCGGUCACUGCGCGAUCCUCCUCUUCAAGACCCAAUAG